UAAUCAACGCACUGCAGCGCCCGCCCGCCACGCUCCGCAGCCCCGUCUUCGCCACCGCCACAGUUCCUCCGAGCACGCCGCCAUGGGGAUUACCUGUUACCUGGUCGUCCUCGCCACCUACGCCGCCUGGAUGACCCGAGCUGACCCCGCUCCUACCCCGCCCACUCGAACGUGUGGCGGCGACUACAGCGGGCCCUCCGGCGCCUUCGUGAGCCCGCAUUACCCGAGCCGCUAUCCCAACAACAAGGAGUGCAUCUACACCUUCAACACCGGGAGUCCCAUCGUCAUCACCUGCCCGGACUUCUCCCUUCAGAAGGAGAAGAACGGCAAGUGCGCGAGGGACUCCGUCACGAUCAAGGACUACGGGCAGGACACCAAGUACUGUGGCAACGCCGGCCCUUCCGACUACCACUCCAUUGGCAGCAACGUGACUGUGGUGUUCAAAAGCAACGGCAGAGUGAGGAAGACGGGCUUCUACUGCCUGUAUGAGAGUCGUCCGGGAGGCCGAGACCCCUGUCGCAGCUCUACAUCAACGCCCUCACGCUCUACGAGAAGCGGAUCUGCAAGACGACCCCGAAGCCGAGCUGCGGCUGCGCCCAGAACGCCGAGUCCGAGUUCUACUCCACUGUCUCCGACAACUACCGCGUCAUCGUGACCAACGGCGUGCCCGGGCAUGUGUACGUGACGAGUGUGGACAGCCCUGAUCACCAGCAGGCGUGCCCUCAUGAGGUGUUCAUGGCCGUGCCCGCGAAGCCUAUCAAGGGCAGAGCCUACCUUCCCUACGGCCAGGGCGUGGUGGGUAUCGCCGUCUCGGGCGGCUUCUUCUACAACCACUACAGCUUCGUCAGCAACGACGCGGCCGACCUGUACGAGGUGGAGCGCUCGGACGUGUGCAAUGGCCACAGCGACCGCUACUGCCGCUACCACUACAACCUGAUCCCGACGUGCGUGGCGGGGGCGGGCACAUGUGCCAUGGUGGGCUACAUGCUCGACGGCUUCCCUGUGUACAUGUACUGCAACCACGACGCCGAGAACCGCCCGCUCGCCAGCUGCUACCAGCUGAACGGCCGUGGCGACGGCACCCUGAGGAGCCACUACACCUUCAACGAAACGGCCUUCUACACCGGCCACUGCGACCUGGACAGGGCUAACGGGUACAGGUUCCCGGAUGUGCGAGGGUACGCCUACAUCCUGAGCGAGGACUACCCCUUCGUCAUGUCGGGCCACUACGGCACCGAACUCGGCUCCAUCUGCUACGUCGACGAAAUGUUGUACUGAAGCUUCUUCCCGCGACGAGCCACGCCGCGUAGGAAGCAUGCAUCCUGACGAUCCAUGACUUGACUUUGAUGUAAGAAAUGUAUUUUUUCAGGUCCUUUUUGGAGUUGCUUUAAGCCUUUCGUUUAUAAGAAAAAAUAUUACAGAUAACUAAGCCGACAUAGACACUGGUCACUUUCACGUUGUUCAGCCAAGUUUUCUGGUUAGUUCAAUACCUCUUUCUCAGUGCACAAGGUCUACGGGCUGAAAACCCUAAAUUCAUCUUACCAUGGCAUUCCAGGACAAUAGUUAUAAUAUAACAAGCGAAAUUUCCGUCGACUGUUAUCAUUCUUAUUUUGUUCACAUUAUUGAAUUAUAUACUCUUUGAUACAUACCAGAAUAGGAUGGGAUCUUAGCAACGUAUGUCCAGACUAUGUCGUUAAUAGCUUGUAACUAUUGCUUUACACUUUUCAUAGUAACUAGCGUGUCAGUUACUGUGAUUUAUUAGUACUAUGUACUUUUCUCCAAUAAAACAUUUUUGCAAGAUUC